CCGGGGUGACCAACAGUCAAGGGGCUGGCCAGCAGGGGAUUUGGGGCUCUUCCUGUACGCUCUUGACUCUGGAUAUCUGCGUCUGUGUCAUUCUGCCUUUGUAUCGCACAUUGGAAAAAGAGGCCAAAGUGGCAGAGAAGGCGAGCAAUGGCGACACAGAAGUUAUGGAUACUUUGUGGAGUUGUAACUAUUUUGGGGACUUUAAUUUUGCAAGUGCAGUGUAAUGAGGAGACAAAGCUAAUUAGAGAACUUUUUAAAAACUACAACAAAAACAUUCGGCCAGUGGUUAAACCUGAAGACAAAGUGGAGGUUAUGAUUAAGUUGACCUUAACUAACCUCAUCUCUCUGAAUGAAAAGGAGGAGACCCUUACAACAAAUGUGUGGAUUGAAAUUCAAUGGUCGGAUUAUCGGCUUUCCUGGAACAUAUCAGAGUAUUAUGGCAUAGAAGUUAUUCGAGUCCCAUGCAACACUGUGUGGCUGCCCGACAUAGUCCUUGAAAAUAACAUUGAUGGCAAGUUUGACGUGGCUUACUAUGCCAAUGUAUUGAUCAGUAAUGAAGGCUGGAUAUAUUGGCUUCCACCUGCUAUCUACCGCAGUACAUGUGCCAUUGAAAUUACCUACUUCCCAUUUGAUUACCAAAACUGCACACUUGCAUUUAGGUCACAGACAUAUAGUGCCAAUGAAGUCGACCUGACAUUGGCAGUAGGGGAGACCGGGCAAACAAUUGAGUGGGUCGAUAUUGAUCCAGAAGCUUUUACAGAGAAUGGUGAGUGGGCCAUCGUCCACCGCCCAGCCAGAAAGAAAAUAGACCCUCGUUACUCUCCUGACGAUCUGGAGUAUCAGGAGAUCAUGUUCAACCUGAUCAUUCAAAGGAAGCCCCUCUUUUACAUCAUCAACAUCAUUCUGCCUUGCUCCCUCAUCUCCUCCCUUGUCGUCCUCGCCUACUUCCUGCCUGCUCAGGCUGGAGGGCAGAAGCUGACUGUGUCCAUAUCAGUGUUACUGGCCCAGACUGUUUUCCUAUUCCUUAUAGCACAGAAAAUCCCAGAAACAUCUCUCUCUGUUCCUCUCAUUGGAAAGUAUCUGAUUUUUGUGAUGUCCGUGACAACUCUGAUCGCCACCAAUCAAAUCGUGGUUCUAAAUUUCUCUCUGCGCAGUCCAAGUACUCACACCAUGUCCCACAGCGUCAAACACCUGUUUCUGAAGAUGAUUCCUCGCCUUCUUGGCAUGGCUCCAUUGAUCGAUGAGACAGAAGAGACAGCAGAGGUGAAUGGACUGACAGAGCGACGAAGGAGCUCCUUUGGCCUGAUGCAAAGAGCAGAAGAAUAUGUGCUCAAACAGCCUCGCAGUGAGAUGAUGUUCGACAAACAAAGAGAGAGGCAUGGGCUCACCAGAUCCAUUGUGGAAAACAUGGAUGUGAGCAGCACAGCUAAUCUAUACAAGAGUUUAGCCCAAGCAGCGCCUGAGAUCAAGCAGUGUGUUGAUGCUUGCAACUUUAUUGCAGAAAGCACAAGACAACAGAAUACCAUUGGAUCUGAGAUUGAGAGUUGGGUACUAAUUGGAAAAAUGAUUGACAAGGUUUGUUUCUGGGCUGCUAUUCUCCUCUUCAUCAUCGGCACAGUUGCGAUCUUCCUCAAUGGACACUUCAAUCAAGCACCAGAGUUCCCGUUUCCUGGAGAGAACAAAAAAUAUACUCCAAGUUAGAGAAAAUACUAUACUUUGAAAAUAUCUUUUUAUUGGGAAAUCAGCUCACGCUGAUUGUAAUGCCAAGUGGUCCUGCCUUCUGACACAAAUACAAUAUUAAGUAAUUUUGAUGUUAACACCUAAUUUGUGUUAUUAUUAGCCUUUGGUAAUGGCUUAAGAGACAGGCAGCACUGAGCUACAGCAUGCAUAAGGCUAGACCAGGUUGAUGUUGAACUCUCGCCCAGUGCACAAAUUCUGUUGAGAGCAAAGGAAACAUUGAGACAUUUCUUACAGCACAAAAGAGCCAUACACGGAUUAUACUGGAACUUCCACUGCAUGUCUUAUGCUAAGGACUUGUGCAUGUGAGCCACCCCACUCUCAAUCAAAGCCUUACUUUCUUCUCCAAUUAUUUAUUAGAAAGUCUUCUUAGGUACAGCUGGUGUGGAGAAAUAUGGUCUAGAUUUUAUGGUGCCAUAUUUUGUAAAUAUACAUUUUAUUUUGUGCAUUAUGAUUUGUUAUUUCACCAUGUCAAUAGUAUUAAAUUUUUUUUAUUUAC